CAACGAGAGAGCACUAAUAUAAAGCGAGAACUCUCUCCUCCCUCAGAUAAGUAUGCAACCUAAAAAACUAAAACGAACAUUUGAAAGAGAUAAACAAACCAACAUGGUAGAGGUCUUCAAUUUAUGGACUCUGAUACUUUCACUCAUAGUGGUGAAGCUUUAUCAUUGGAUUUAUCAGUGGAACAAUCCAAAGUGUAAAGGAAAGCUUCCUCCAGGAUCGAUGGGCUUUCCAAUCAUCGGAAAGACCUUCGAGUUCAUGAAACCUCAUGAUGCUAUUCAGUUGCCAACAUUUGUGAAGGAGAAAGUCCACAGAUAUGGGCCAGUUUUUCGGACAAGCUUGUUUGGAGCCAAAGUUAUAAUCUCGACUGAUAGUGGAUUGAACAUAGAGAUGGCAAAGACGAAUCACAUGCCUGGCAUGCCGAAGAGCUUAGCGCGGUUAUUCGGCGAAAAUAACUUGUUCGUACAGAGUAAAGACUCUCAUAAGCAUGUCCGAAGCGUAACAACCCAGUUGUUAGGUUCACAAGGUUUAAAAUUGAGAAUGAUGCAAGACGUCGAUAUCUUGACUCUCACACAUAUGGAGGUAGGAGCCAGAAACGGCGGUCUUGACGUCAAGGAAACAGUAAGCAAGAUCUUAAUUGAAUGUCUUGCCAAGAAAGUUAUGGGCGAAAUGGAACCAGAGGCUGCAAAAGAACUCACACUCUGUUGGAGCCAUUUUCCAAAGGGAUGGUUUCGAAUAUCCUGGAACAUUCCUGGUAAUGGCGUCUAUCGAAUGAUGAAGGCAAAAAAACAGAUGAUUAAUAUAUUAAAGGAGACGGUGUUGAAGAAAAGAGCUUCAGGAGAAGAGCUUGGAGAGUUUUUCAAGACGUUACUUGGCGAAAUGGAAGGAGGAGAGGAAAAGAUAAGCGUGGAGAGUGCGAUUGAGUUCAUAUUUAUUUUCUUUGUGAUUGCUAACGAAGCAACACCAAGCGUCCUUGCGGCUACAGUAAAGCUCAUAAGCGACAACCCUAAAGUCAUGCAGGAAUUAAAGAGAGAGCAUGAACGCAUUGUCCGGGAUAAGAGUGAGAAGGAGAAGAAGACCGGCCUAACAUGGGAAGAUUACAAAUCAAUGACUUUCACGCAAAUGGUGAUAAAUGAGUCACUGAGGAUCACAAGCACAGCGCCGACAGUGCUUAGAAUAAUUGAUCAUGAGUUCCAGUUUGGUGAAUAUACAAUUCCAGCUGGUUGGAUCUUCAUGGGCUUUCCUACUGUCCAUUUCAAUCCAGAAAAAUAUGAUGACCCUUUAGCAUUUAAUCCAUGGCGGUGGAAGGAAAAAGACCUGACUGCUAUUGUCUCGAAGACGUACAUUCCUUUUGGCGCUGGUUCAAGACUAUGUUUAGGAGCUGACUUCGCUAAGCUUAUAAUGGCCAGUUUUAUCCAUCAUUUGUGUAGAUACAGGUGGUCAAUGAAGACAGAGACUACAGUACUUCGAAGGUUUAUACUUACGUUUCCAGGUGGAUCUGAUAUUCAAAUUUCACAAGACACUGAAGUGGAAAACUCUGCUGGUUAGUAGAGUGGUUAUAUUUCAUCGGAGGUUACUGGUUCGGGGUAACUAUACACUGUAUGAAUGUAUAUGUCGAACAAUACUAAUUACUGCAUAAAUAAAAGCCAUCUUGUAAGAAACAAAGACUAAAGUGUAUGUUUCUCUUGAAUGCAUAAGUUAAGAUCA